GAAUGAGUUACGACAAGCAAAUCCACGAAGAUUUCAAAAAGUGGAAACGCAACAUCAACUUUCUGUACGAUAUUGUCUUAUCUCACGUUCUAGAAUGGCCGGCAACUAGUUUCGAAUGGACCGGAAAUUGCGACUCGGUUUCGAAACGAGACGUGAACCAAUACGAGGCACUGUUCGCUUCUCGGUGCAUGGAACCCGAAGAUACAACUAUCAAUGUGGCUCGAGUUGAUAUUCCGAGUAGUGAUAGCUCGUAUGAAUUCUGGGGCCGAGAAGAAGGUCCGAUAGUUCGGAAAAAUGACAGAAAGAGUAUUAUUCAGAAGAAGUUUGGGAUUUUUCACCCCGUCAGUGAGAAAGUUGUUGUCAAAUACAAGAUAGUUAUGCACGACCAGGUCAAUUCGGUUAACUCAAUGAAACAAAACUCAGACAUCUUUGCAUGUACAACUCAGAAGUCAGACUCAAUAUAUGUCUUCAACCACAACACAAAUACGAAAUCUCGUCAAGAAUUCUCUCCCGAUUUGAUUCUGUCUACGAGCUCAAGUUCAACGUCAGAAAACAUUGCCAAAACUAAGGCAGUCAAUCAGCAACAGUGGAAUCCAAAUGAUGCUGGAAAACUAGUUUCUUGUUCUAAAAGUUCUGACAUUCAUAUUCACGAUGUGCGUGAAAGUACUAACCCGAUUAUGAGUUUCACUCGUGAUAAUUCAAAUGUCAAAGGCUCGAACAGUUUGAAAAAUGAGGCUUGUUUUAAUGAUGUGCAUUGGCAUCCUUCUAUUAAAUCAGUGUUUGCAACUUGCUCUUCAGAUGGAAAUUUCCAAAUUUGGGACUCAAGGUCAAAAAACAAGUGCAAAUCAAGUAGUGAUGUAAUUGCACAUACUGAAGAAGUGUCGAGUUUGACCUUUUCUGGAUUUGACGAAAGUCUAAUGAUCACUGGAUCCAAAGACAGAACUCUGGCUCUUUGGGAUUUGAGAAAUUUGAGUGUGAAAAUUCACUCUUUGACUGGACAUGCAAAUGCAAUUGAAAAGGUGUCGUGGUGUCCUGAUACCGGCAUGAUUGUGGCCUCUAAAGACUCAGACAGAACCCUCAAUCUGUGGGACCUCUCUGCCAUCGGGAAAACAUCUGCAGAGUCUCCAAUGGAGGAACUGGUUUCUUCUUUUCCUCCUGAGCUGCUCUUCUCUCAUCGAGGACACUCGAGUAGAAUCACUGAUUUUAGUUGGAACCCGAUUGAGCCUUACUUGAUUGGAUCCGUUGCGCAAGAUAACAUCAGUCAGUUCUGGAAGCCAUGCAGUUCAGUUCUCUCUCUGGCACAAGCAUGAAGAUGAAAAGAAGCCAGCCCAAUAGAAAGUUAAAGUUUGUUUGAUAUGUGAUCUAUGAGUCCUUCAUUUGCAUUAGUUUGUUUUUACAAUUGUUGUAAUUUUUAUUAAACUGUGUUUGCAACCUUUCUUUUGUUUUUGCCAUUUUCUUUUUUUUAAUUGUGCUUUCGACUACUCUGUCAAAUUAACGCCAAAAAAUUUGCAUUUAUCAUAUUUGUCUGAGUUUACAAAACAGGCUAUUUUUGAGGCUCUCGGGGAUUUGCAAAAGACGUCUGAUUCGCAAUUUGAACUUAGAUUCCGCGUUUUUUGUCGGAUUUCACAGAAUUGCAUUGGAUCCCAUAACCAAUGUCAUCAAUUCAAGCAGUUCAAACUUUUAUCACGUUUUGUGCGCACUGAACUGCUAAAAACUAAGGCAUCAAAGAGUUUCAAUGCACCAAAUUUCAAGGCAGAAAUACAUGGGUGAAAUUGCAAAGAAUUCAAUUUGACGUGUUCGUCUUAGGGGUACACCAAAUCGAAGCUCAGUCGAAAACUUUGUCGUAACUUACUCGAACACACUAUUGGAACUAAGUAGAACACUAAAUCGAAAUGUAGUCCAAAUUUGUAUCGAACACAAUUUCGAAGAACAAUUGCGCAACUUAAUGAAAAACAAUUUUGGAAAUAA